GCGGAGGCACCGCCGGAGGUAGGGGCUCGCUCCGCCGCCGGAGCAGCCGCGCUGUCGCCCCGGCCGGGCCCGGCAUGGCCCGCCGCCCGCUGCCCGCCCGCCGCCGGCGCUGAGCGCAGGGACAUCGCGGCGUCCGGCGACUGAAGGUUUCUCUGAAGCUUAAUCUUCAAGAUGAAGUUCUUACUAGCGGUUGUAUUUUUCAUCUUAUUCUCCUUAUUGGUUGAAGAAGUCUAUUCCAAAGAGAAGUCUUCAAAGAAAGGAAAGGGGAAAAAGAAGCAAUAUCUAUGUCCAUCGCAACAAUCAGCUGAAGACCUUGCAAGAGUACCUGCUAAUUCAACCAGCAAUAUCUUGAAUAGGCUGUUGCUCAGCUAUGAUCCCAGGAUAAGGCCUAAUUUCAAAGGAAUUCCAGUCGAUGUUGCAGUCAACAUCUUCAUUAACAGCUUUGGGUCAAUUCAAGAGACAACUAUGGAUUAUAGAGUCAACAUCUUUCUAAGACAGAAGUGGAAUGACCCCAGACUCAAACUGCCCAAUGACUGGAGAGGCUCAGAUACACUGACAGUGGACCCGACUAUGUUCAAGUGUCUUUGGAAGCCAGACUUAUUCUUUGCAAAUGAAAAAAAUGCUAACUUCCAUGAUGUCACACAAGAAAAUAUCCUUCUUUUUAUAUUUCGGGAUGGAGAUGUCCUAGUCAGCAUGAGGUUGUCCAUUACUCUGUCAUGCCCUUUGGACUUGACCUUGUUUCCUAUGGAUACACAGCGCUGCAAGAUGCAAUUGGAAAGCUUUGGUUACACAACUGAUGACUUACGGUUUAUCUGGCAGUCUGGAGAUCCUGUACAGCUAGAGAAAAUUGCUCUGCCUCAGUUUGAUAUUAAAAAAGAGGAUAUCGAAUAUGGUAACUGUACCAAGUAUUACAAAGGCACAGGUUAUUACACUUGUGUAGAAGUAAUCUUCACUUUAAGAAGACAAGUUGGAUUUUACAUGAUGGGUGUUUAUGCUCCUACACUGCUAAUUGUUGUUCUAUCCUGGCUGUCAUUUUGGAUCAAUCCUGAUGCAAGUGCUGCAAGAGUCCCACUGGGUAUUUUCUCAGUGCUCAGCUUGGCAUCUGAAUGUACCACUCUUGCUGCUGAACUUCCCAAAGUGUCUUACGUGAAGGCCUUAGAUGUGUGGCUGAUUGUUUGCCUUCUCUUUGGCUUUGCAUCCCUGGUGGAGUAUGCUGUGGUUCAGGUAAUGCUAAACAAUCCAAAGAGAAUUGAAGCUGAAAAAGCAAAGAUUGCCAAGGCAGAGCAAGCAGAAGGAAAGGGUGGAAAUGCUGCCAAGAAGAACACUGUGAAUGGCACAGGGACUCCUGUCCACAUCAGCACUUUACAGGUUGGUGAGACCAGAUGCAAAAAAGUUUGCACUUCGAAAUCUGAUCUGAGAUCCAAUGAUUUCAGCAUCGUUGGAAGCUUGCCAAGAGAUUUUGAAUUAUCAAACUAUGACUGUUAUGGGAAACCCAUUGAAGUCAACAAUGGGCUCGGGAAAUCUCAAGCCAAGAACAACAAGAAGCCUCCUCCUCCCAAGCCUGUCAUUCCAUCAGCAGCAAAGAGAAUCGAUCUUUACGCAAGAGCACUGUUCCCUUUUUGCUUCUUGUUCUUCAAUGUCAUAUACUGGUCCAUAUAUUUAUGAUAAAUCUUUUAUUUAUUUUUUUCAUAUGUAUAAAAUAUGACCCAUUUCAUUAUCCCUUCCCAGUCAUGAAGGCCACUGUGUGAAAUUAUUUGCAUUUGCAAAGCAAUAUGUUGCAUCUUGAUGCCGUGCGAUUGUACUGAACAUAUGGCAUCUGAAAUUUGAAUGAAAGCAUGACACUGCAAUGUCUGUGCUCCGACCAACGUUGUAUAUAAAUGUACAGCACACAUCCUGCUUUAGGAAUAUGUAUGAAGGACAAUGCAUACUACAUUAUAAAGCUGAAUAACGCUCUUCCGUUAUUAGUAACGUACAGAAAUUUAAAGUGUUUCUGAUAAUGAAACCGAUGUGCACGUUGAGUAUUAUUAAAAUCAGUAUUCUAGUAUAUGUAGUAUUUAACAGCUUUUCUGCUGACUUCCAGAGGGGGAAAAAACCACCCACCAAACAUCUUGUUCUUGUAUAAUUUUAGAUGGCACUGUUGAAGAAAAAGCUAAGAUGUAAUUCAUAUUAUUUAGACUCUGUAAGUAAAGGCAGCAUCAAAUAAGCAGAUCUUGUCUAUGUGGAAAAAUAAAGAUCAGAGAACUACUAAUUUUGUAAAAUCAGCUCAUUCAGGAAAAAACAACCCAACAAUUGUGUUCAUGAAGCAGGCACACUUAAGUGCGUGAGAAUAUGCUGACAAUAAAACAUUGGGCCAGAUACUGACUGCUGUUUCUUUAGGCACAAACUAGAUACAAUAUGUCAAAAGCAAACAAGCCACUUUCUAGACUAAAGGUAUCAGGAGUUUUAGAGAGGAAUCACAAAAUGCAGUUCAGUAUCAGGUUUGUUAUGCAUUUUUACAUUACAUUUACAUUAGUUUGUCAUUCUGUAGCAUCUGGCAAGUGUGUAAGUCACAUUUUUUUGUUGUUGUUGCAUCGGACACAUCUUACUUGACUUGUUUUGUUUAUCCCCUUGAAAGCUUUCAUUUUAAACAAACCAGUUGUCAAAAAUGAAAUCCCAUUUUCACCAUUAAUUAUACCGUUUUUUUUGUGUGCUAGCUAACACGUAGCCACCAGUAGGAGUGAAAGCAUUACCAAAGGUCUAAGGGGCUAAGACUCUUAAAUAUGUCAUGAGCCUCCUGUGGAUGCCAGGGUACAUCCGUUGUAAGGGCAAGUCAUGAGACAAAAUGCAGCCUAAAGGAAGCUGCAUGUAUGUAGGCAUCUGAGUAGCGUGUGUUCUCUCAGAACACAUGGGGACUUGGCCUCGGCCCAUGAGACUGUGCAAAGAGAAAUAUGUCUCUGCUUGUAAAGCUGGGGCACCACAGCCAGUUACAACAUGUGCACAUGUUACUAGUUACAAUAUGAAAAUAAGGCAGUUCUCACUAACUUCGCAAGUCAUAAGAGGAAAUAUGAGUUACUGGCACCUCAUGGGCAUGAGACCUUCCAUAGUGUGGAAACAGAAACAAUCUCACUUGUACUACAUUUCUGGCACGUCCAGGAUGUGUUGAGCCAAUGCAGGCCACCACAGUUGGACUGUUGCAUAACUUGGGUGUUGCCCACCAUGAGAAUGUUGUCCACGUGCCGUGAGCCUGCACAACCAAAAGGUCAAAAGUGGGAAGAAGAGCAAUGGCAUGCCACACCAACCUCGUUUGGACAUCUGGCAGCCCUGCACAUGCCCAGGGCCUCUUCUAGCCACUGUCACUCUGUGAUCCACAGGCUGGUUGCAGCUUUUCGUGUUUGGGUUGAAGGGAUCUGCUUCUCAGAGUAUGGUCACAUCUUUGUCACCAGCUUCCUGGACACUUUCUCAUGAGGGUUUCAGGGAACCACUCUACCAGCUGGCCACAGUUUGUCCUUUGGAAUUCUUUCUGAUCCAAGGAAAUGGAAGAAAAAUCCCAGCUGUUACUGAGCUGUCUUGAACUGGGGCUGAGGAAAAGGGUAUCUCAAAGGUCUGAUUUAAAAUUUUAAUAAUUCUUUUGGUUGAAGGUAAUUGCAGAAUCGUCAGAGAAUCAAUAAGGAAAAGUAUAGGAGAGGAAGGAAGGGAGAGGGAACUUUUAUAUGUACAGAGUGCUAUAUUUAUACACAUUAUUUAUUCUCAUACUUGUAUUUUUUCUUACAGUACUGGAAGGCAAGAAAAUAAUUACCCUAUGUUGGAAAUUAUAUGAUUUUUGGAAGAUAAUUUUCUUGUUGGAACUCUUAUUAAAUGAUUUAUCUGUAAUUAGUGUCCACAUUCUAUCUGUAAAAUCUCAAUUAUAGAUUUUAUUGUUAAAUUAAUCUUUGUUCCUUCUUGCUUUCCUGCUUACUUGAUGGCUUUUGUGUUUUAUCAUAAAACAUUUAAUCAAUAAUACACUGUAAUUGCUUUCCAACUCACACAAAGGGAGGAAAAAGGAAUGCAUAUUGUUCAGAUAAAGGUUUUUUUGUUCAUUAUAGCAUUAUAGCACAAAAACUAAGGCCAGAAGCAAAGUUUAACAGCAAAUUUGAAACUAAAUUUAAAAUGAACCAGUAUCAGCUAUAAAGUAUUAAUUUUCUUUUUACUUACACUGGAUAAUAUUGCAGUAUUUAUAUUACCUUGGAAUAUAUUAUCUUGUCCUACUGCGCAGUAAUAAUUGAUUUAUUUUAUUUUUCUUCUUUCCACUAAAGGUCAUCGAGAGUUUUGCAUGCCAUCUUACAUUAUGGUCCUCCAGCACCCUCUAGUUGUAAAAUUCUGCCUGUUGACUGAUUUUGAGAAUGCGGUGCAAAUAUAGAACUGUACAGGCAAUAUAGGAUCUCACUUGAUUGUGAUAAUAUGAAAGGAAAAAAACUAUUAUUAAAUUAAAAAUAAAUGGACGUUGAAUUGAUAUACAGCUAUAGAAACUUGCGGUGUAGUGUGAAUUUAAAAUUGUAGAAAUUAAGACAUUCAAGUAGUAGCAAAGAUGAAGUUCAUGAAGUAUACACUAGUAACUAGAUUAACCAGUCAUGAUGUCUGAACAAACCGCAUGACAGCAAAAUCUGUUUUUGAGGGAGAGACCAUCUGUGUUUCAGUUGACAUUUACUUUAAGUUCUGCUGUUUACUGGUAGGAGAGUUACAGAUUUUUGUUCUACCCUUAACGCAAACCUCAUUAUUUUCUUGGCUCUUAAGCGUUGAGGGAUAGUGUCCAAAUAGUUUGUUCCUUUCAUUCAUAGUGUCACUACCCUUUAGUUAUCUUCCUAUAUUUUUCAGAUUUUAGAACACAUUCAAACACUGCAUCAGGAAUUCCCAUGGAGAUUAAUUAACUAAUUUCUUAACUGCAUCCACAAAUUUCAGGUAGACAAUAAGGAAGAAUGUGAUUUGAAAAGUAUAUCUGCUGCUAUGUGUUAAUUCCCUGUAAGCCAUACCUCAUGUUUGACAUCCUGUUUUAGGAGCGGCUCUUUAGUGGGCAAUGGCACCUCCUCUUUUUUUCAGUUAAUUCUGGUUGAGGUGGUGUUUGUGAGCAGUCUGUCUUUUGAGUGAGGAAAGGAGUUUAUUUCUGUAAGUGCAGUGUACAGAAGAUUGACCACUUGGAGACAGUGCCAAGCAGCUUUCAUUCUUCAGAGUCUUCAAAUUAAUUUGGACUUGGUAACAGGAUAAAGAGAGAGUGUCUUUAGCACCCUAUUACCCACUAAAGAGAAAGUAGCAACACUGCCUUCUGGAGCCGUGCCAAUGGGCAUGACCACAGUGAUUGAUCUGGCUCUAUAAUCAUUUAAAGGAAAUGCACUUAAAAGUAAUCUUUAUUUAAAAUUAUUUUACUCUGUAGAGAGACAAUACCUUACUUAAGCAGUCUGUUAUAGCUGUUAAGGGAAUCUAUUAAGAGACAUUAUAAUACAGACCUCUUCUUCAAUUAAAGCAGCUUACCAUUAUGGUUACUGAGUGACUUGCAAUAAGGAUAUUUAUAGAAUAGGUAGCAUUAAAUUAUUUAUUUCCAGGGGAGUGCAACCUGAAUAUAUGCAGUGUCAAGUGAUUUUUCUGGCUGUUGAGAUAUCGUAGUGCUGCAAUGAGUACAAAUGAGGUGUGUAGGAGAUAAGGGAAUGAUAGGACACUGUUACUUGAUGCUCUGGUAUACUAAUUCUGGGAUUACAGAAGAUAAUGUGGAAAGAAAUUCAGAUACAAAGAGAUUGAAUAAGAGUUUUGUUUGUAUCUACAAUUUAAUUUGUGUCUAACAAUUUAAUUGUUUUGUGUAUAAAUGAGUUACCUUCUAUUUAUAUAACUAUAAAGAAUUAAUUAUAAAAAAAAGGAAAAUUAAGCUCGUCUUUGGUACCCAAAAGAUAUAGAAACUAAGUCUUUUCCUGUGAAGCUCUACGCUUAAGAAAACAGUGGAAUAUACAGAAAAAAAAUGUGCAGUUUUAAGGACAUAAAUUUCUCAUCAUUGUGAUUUUUGUCUGCACCAUUGUAUCAAAUCAGCUGCAAGCAAUCUGGGCUGCUUGCAGCACUCCUUUGUAUUCUGACUUAUUUGAGAAAGGUGCCUACCCCUCUACUCUGCCUUGCACCUGUCCUCCUUCCACCAGUAGGAAUGGUGUUGGCAGACAUUUAAAAUAAAGAUUACCUGGCUAUUUUGAAA